GUUGCAGAAAGAGAAUGAUAAUUUAGUAGGAAAGUACACUAUCCAUUCCCAGGAACUGCAAAGUGAAGUUAUUAAUCUUCCCAACACAGUUGAGGAAUUACAUGAGGUAGUUCUAAAAAAUCAUCAAGAACUAAUAAUAGCAAAAAUUGGAAAAGAGGCUGCAGAAGAGAAAGUGAAUAAUCUGCAAUCAGACAUCAUGCUUUUAAGGGAUCAAAUAACUAAUGAUCAACAUGAAAGAAAGGGCAUUGAAGAAACUUUGGACCAAGAGAUAAAAACUUUAAGGAAAUAUAUUGAUCAGUUAGAGAAGGAAAAGAAACGAUUUAUAAUAAAUCAAGAGAAAUUAUUACAUUCAGAAAAGGCCAAUCAGCAGGUGCUUCGGGAACAAAAUGAAAAACUGGAAGAACUGAAUGAAACAAUUAAAACAUUGGAGAAGCAGAAUAGUGAAUUGAAAACGAGGGUGUGUUCACUCCAGCAAGAAUUAGACACCACUGAAACUGUUCAAAAAGAUUUCGUAAGGUUGUCCCAAAGCUUACAGGUACAAUUAGAAAAAAUUCGGGAAUCUGAUACUCAGGUUCGAUGGCAACAUGAAGAAGAUGUUGAAGAGUGCCCAACAUGUCACUCUGGUUUUUCCUCUUCAAAACGUAAGCAGCAUUGUAGACAUUGUGGUCAAAUAUUCUGUCAGCCCUGUCUUUCUCGGACAGUAUUGUCUGGUCCUAAUAGUCGUCCAUCAAAGGUUUGUGAUGUUUGUCACACCUUACUAGUCAAAUCAUCUGCACCCUAUUUUAGUGAAGCACCUCCAAUGACCUGAGAUUAAAGAUUUAGUUUUAAAUAAUAAUUGUUAAUGUUGAAUUAUAUAUUCCUUUAUCUGAUAUAUUGUAUUUAAAUCAUUAAAUUCGCA